AGUGCGAAAAGGAGGGAUCGACAAUUGAGAAAGUAAGAAAGACGCAGAAAAUUAAGCAGAAGAUAGUGGCAGCCAUUUUAACUGAUACUGUUGUUUCUGCGGCUUGUAGUGCUAAUUAUUGUUUUUUAAUAAUUUCAAGUCGAUCGAGUAACAAAAAAGAAUCGGUAUUAUAUAGAAUUGUGGUGUUAUUCUGUGCCAAGAUAAAACACCAAGAUAAAAACGGUGCGAGAUAACGAUAAAAAAAUUCAGACGUCAAUGAUACAGUGCUCGAAGUGACGAGUGCAUGUGUAAAUGAUCACAGAAAGUAGUGGGGCUUGAUCGUAGUUGGCUGAGUGGACAGCCGAAAAGGAGGAGCUGCCGGAAAGGUUGUUACAAGCGACAGCGACGGCGACGGUGGCGACGGUGACGAUAACGACAACGGUGGCUACGAUACGACGGCGACAACGAUCGCGAAAACAAAACUACGACAGCCCUGCAAGACAGUGUUAUUUUGCAGUUUCUUUCUUAGAAACCUUCUUCAAAGAGAAUCGUUACUAUUGCAAAGUGCACACAGUCACGCGCCACCGCGUACAUCAGCGCCACGAGAUGGAGAGACGAGCUGCUUUUGUGCUGCUGGGAAUGCUAUAUUUAGCGGGCACCCUCGUCACGGUCCAGGCAGUAACCUACACGGGAGCGUCGGUCGUGCACGAGAAUCAACCUUGGUCAAUCAAAUGUAGCAACCUGAAGUCGGACGAUUUGAUCAGAUGGACUAGGAACGGGCAAUCGCUUGAGCCAGAACUGGCAAGCGGUCAGCUAGUCGUCCAAUCGCCAGUGGGCAGCGGAAGUAGCACCCUCCAGGCAAUGCAUGCCACAGAUAACCAUGAAGGGGAUUAUAAAUGCACUCAGGAUAGCGAUGAGUCCUUUCAUCUGUGGAUAUAUUACGAUCUCAAGAUAAAAGUAUUUGCACCCACGGAUGUUCCGUUAACAUUAGAAUGUGCAAAUAAAAGCGCAGGAGAGAAGUUACUAUGGUAUAAAGAAAGAGUUUUGAUCCAUACAGCGUUAGCUGGUAACGAGGACUUAAUAAAACUAAAUAAUGAAACAGGCGUUCUGGAACUUCUGAAAACCUCAGAUGUGUUGUACGGAAAUUAUACUUGCAAAGGAACCAAUUCUUCUACAGAAUAUAGGAUCGUACCAAGACCCACGGCGUACAUGCCUGAUUCAACAAGCGUAGUAGAAGGAGAAAAAUUGCAUUUAACUUGUGCUGGUAAGCAAAAUCCUGGUAUCAAAGUAUCAUGGAAGUUUGGGGACCAGAAUUACACGCAUAGCAUGGGCCGCGUUAAACUUGGAUGGGACCAUGAAAGAAAUAUAUAUGGCGCUAUCCUAAUGGUUGAAAACAUCGAGAUGAACGAUCGUGGCAAUGUUUACUGCAGGGUAUCUUAUAACUGGUCUGAUACUGCAGAAAAUCACAUGGCAGAGGCGCAUACAUUCCUCAGGGUCAAAGAUAAGCUCGCCGCACUCUGGCCCUUUUUAGGCAUUUGCGCGGAGGUUGUUAUUUUGUGCGCCAUUAUUUUAGUUUAUGAAAAAAAGCGAAACAAGGCUGAACUCGAGGAGUCUGAUACCGAUCAAAGCCCCGACACCAAGCCAACACCCAACAAAGACUCCGACGUUAGACAAAGAAAGUGAAGGAGUGGAUAAUAAGCGGCGAAUGAAUGAGAGCGAUGCAGGAUAGCUGAAUCGAUGUGGGGAAAUAAUCGUGUGGCAUCUGCCGAAGUGACAAUAUAGAUAACUGUUACAAGAAAGAAAAAUAGCGAAAUAGAACAAAAAUAAAGAAACAAACUAUUCCGAAACGAGAGAAAGACAUCGUUCGAAGCGGAAACAUGAAUAUAAGAGUAAGAAAAAAUAAUAGGAAAAGAAACGAUAUAAUGUUCUAAGUGAAUAGGCUAAGCUCAGGAAGUGAGAUCCCCGGCCCUCGUCAUUCGAGUGCAUACCUGAAUGGAUACAGGCUUGUCUAUGCACAGAAAAUGUUAGCGUGCGCGGAAUUAUAAUUUACUAACAGAUUUAAAUUAAGCCUUACUAUCGUGUUCACUCCAUUUAUCAAAUGUUCGUCUGUCCGUACUCUCUUAUUACACUGCUUUGAUCGAUGAAAGCUAAAAAAAAAAAAAAAAAAAAAGAUAAAAAAAAAGAUAAAAAAAAAGUCAGAGAAAGAAAAAACAAAUGUGCUAUUGAUCUUACGCGUUGUAUGUAUCUAUAAAAAAAAUGAGUGUGCGCGAGAGCGUAAAAAAAUUGGAAUGUAGAAAAAGAAAAAAAAAAAAGAAAGAUUAGAAAAAAGAAAAGAGAGACAGAGAGAAGAUAAAAAGGGCGUGGAAGAUAAGCUUUAAAUGUGUAUGCGUGUAUCUGAGCGUGCUUGCAUACGCUUGAAUGAAAGAAUGCGAUAGUGACGAAAAAAAAAAACUAGUCGGAACUGUACAUACUCGCCAAAAGUAUAAGUGCAUGAAGAAAAAACAAAAAUUCGUUUUUAUUAUAUUUCUUGUUUGUAAACACGCAAUCCAUAUAUACAUAUACUAUAUAUAAUGCGCAUUUAUUCGUAAGAUUUAUUCUAAGGAAGUAUUUUUUUUCUCUCAUCUUUUCAAAGAUAAAAUAUAAAUUUAUUAUUUUAUUUACGCUUUCUGGCGGGUAUGUCCAGUACGUGAUUCAGAGCAUGAUUCUUGUUUCUCAUACUUCGCAUCACUAUGUGACGGAAGAGAAGAAAAAGAAUUUUACAGUAGGACCGAAAAUAUGUGCUCGAUACUAGUUAUAUAAUAAUAGGAUCAAGGAAGGCAAUGCGUGCUAUAAUUGGCUUCCGAAUACACGACUUUCAAAGGUAUAUUAAAAAAGCUUACCUGGUGGCGUCGCCUUAUAAUUAUUACUAUUAUUAUUACUAUUAUUAUUAUUAUUAUUAUUAAUUAUAUUAUUAUUACUAUUAUUAUUACUAUUGUUAUUAUUAUUAUUAACUAUAUUGAUCUUGAAUAUUCCAUCGCUCAUGAAGAAUAAGUCGGAAGUCAUUGCGCGCGACGCCGUUGUUAAUGACGUUAAUGUAAUAUUAAUACUGUAAUAUUAUUGCCAUCGUUAUUACUGCUGCUACUAUCGUUAUUAUGAUUAUUACAAGUAUUAUCGUUAAUUUUA